AUGUCUUCCAUUUCGCUCCUCCCUGUUUUCUUGAUUGUAUUCUUAUUGCUCAUUGGAGAUGACCUGAAGGUUGUUGGUGGAUUUCAACACGAAGCGUCAUCGAAAACGAUGCUGAAGCAAGAAUCGUCCAGCUUUCUUGACACAAGAAGAUGGACGCAAAGCAAUGAUAUCCAAGAACAAGAAUCCACCUCAGCCAGCACUGGUGGUUUUGGCUUUCAAGCUAUGACUCCGAAACCUAUAAUUCCCUCUACGGUCCAAGAAAAUAGCGACGAGGAAGUCGAAGCACGACUACAGGACGAGCCCAUGUUUACGGCAUCGACAAGACGUGACCUGUAUAACAUUAUGCGCAAUCCCUUCAAGCCACAUAUUGGUGCACCAGCUCCCUUGUCGUGGUGGGGCUCUACCGAAGAUGGUGGUGAUGAAGAUCAUGCGGUUGAAUACGAAGAGAGUAGUCAAUUUGGUGGUAUCUUGUUGGGCAAAAGGUCGUCAUCAUCAUCCUCCGAGGUCACCACCUCGAACGAUAUUUUCUUUUGGGAUACCUACGCCUUUACAGAUCGCAUGACCUAUGACCCAUCCACCUGUGAAGGGUUUACAGUUUUGGAUGACAAUCAAGUCCUUUCGGCGAUUGCUAUUUUAGGUUCGAGUAGUACCGCCCAUUCAAUAGCGCUUACCAAGGCCUUUGAAGCAUGGUUGGCAGAAUUGGCAGCCUCUCAUUGGGGGGAUUUGGAAGCCUCUCGGCUAUCCGUAGAGUUCUUGGUUGCCUUUGGAAAUGAACUGACGGAACGACUUGGUAUCAAUCAUCGAAUCUUGUCGACGUCGUUGACCCAUGAUGAAAUGGAAAUCCUAUCGGAACCUCCUUUCAGAUCGCAUGUUCUACCAGAGUUGUUGGAAGACUUUCAAACUUCCGACAUUGAAGUGGACGAAGAACAAGCAGAAGCCGCUGCUUCGACAUUGUGGUGGGACCAAGACGAAAAUUCUCCAGAGUAUUGA